AACAAAGUAUAUAAUUUAUUAAUGUGCGUAUAUAUACUGCAGUUAUACUGCUAUCCAAAAUGAGUGAACCUAUCUGUACAUGAUACUUCGGGAUACAUCGUAAUAACUUUGACUAAAACUUAAAACAACAAGUUCUGUAGUCAAUAUCAGAGCGAGAAAUCAGCUUAGCUACCAAGUUGGGAAGAGUUGUGGGAAGCAGUGAUACUGUGGAAUUCGACGGCGAAACAAAGAGUUUAAAGCGUUUUCUUGGAAUUCCGUAUGCGAAACCGCCUACCGGAGACAAGAGGUUCCAGAGACCGGAGCCGUACGGCAAUUAUACGCAGACUUACAACGCAACAUAUUUCAGACCACAUUGUAUGCAAAGUGAACUUGUGAACCCGUCUGUAAAAUACUUCGGAAUGAGCGAAGAUUGUCUGCAUUUGAAUAUAUUUAUUCCUGGUAAUGCAUUGCCUUCAGAAAAUAAAUACACUGUGAUGAUUUUCAUUCAUGGCGGGAGUUUUACAUUUAGCGGCGCAGAAGUAUUUUCCGGGGACAAACUCAGUGCUUUCUUCGAUGUCUUGGUAGUUACAAUAAAUUAUCGCCUUAAUACAUUUGGAUUUUUAAGCAACAGGACGGCUUCUUCCGGAAAUAUGGGUUUAUGGGAUCAAAAACUUGCAAUUAAGUGGGUUCAUGAUAAUAAUGCAGAUUUUGCGGGUGACCCUGAUAAUGUGACUUUAUUUGGAAAUUCUGCUGGUGCGGCCAGUGUCGUAUACCAAGCGCUAAACCCUACAAACAAGGGUCUAUUUCGGCGUAUAAUCACCCAGAGUGGAAGCCCACUGGCUGCAUGGGCACAACAAUAUAACCCGAGUGAAAUGUUUGCAGACUUUGUGUCCGAAGUAAACUGUAGCACAGGUCAGCAUGUAUACGAGGACGUUCUAACGUGCCUUCAGUUAAAGGCCGCGGAAGAAUUGGUUACAACCCGGUUCAGCCCUAUUGUAGACGGCGAUUUCAUAACAGAAGGUCCUUCAGUGACAUUUUCUCGGGUAAGCGUGAACAGCUCGUCCCCGCUUAAUUUGUUUACCGAAGUCGACUUUUUAUCCGGUGUACAAAGUAAAGAUGGCCUCUUUGUACUGGAGACAUUUUUUCCAAGGGAUAUUUCUAAAGGUGUGGGUAAAAAUGUAUUUAAAGACCAAUUUAUUCCGCAAGUACUACUCCAUUUAUACGGUAGAGCAGUACCCCAAGUUUUAGCACAGUCAAUUAUCCACAAAUAUACCGACUGGUCAACCCUGAUGAUACUAAAAUAGUAAGAGAUAAAAUGCUAGAUAUUUCAUCUGACAUUGCAUUCUUCGUACCAGCAAUAAACACUAUUAAGAAGAACAAAAGUUUGGGAAAGCCUGGCAAAACGUCAUAUUUUUACGUAUUUGAUCACAAGCCUUACCUCCUGCAGACGCCGUAUUGGUUACAAGGUGCAAAACAUGCCAUGGAGCUGCCGUAUGUGUUUGGGCUGCCAGAUUCGAUGAAAGUUGCUGCAGGAUUUUCUCCAGACUCGCAACUGGUAAUUCCUCCAGAAGAGUUGAAACUGUCAUCUAUGUUUUCAGCAUAUUCUUUAUAAAACUAGCUCAUGCCGCGGAUGUACUCGGGGAUGCAGUUGAGUUUAAUGGAGUCUAAGUAUGAUCCUAGUUUACUUUUUUAUCUGUCCAGUCCGAGUCAUUGAGCGUUAAUUAUGUUAUAUAUUACAGAGACCCGAACUCACCAGUUCAGAUCGAUGUACAGGAUGUACCCCAAUGGCCGCGGUAUAUCGAUUCUCAGGCAUCUCUAGAAUUUUCUUUGAGUAUGACGUCAUACUCUAUCAAGAACCACUUUAGAAGCACUUUGCGGCAUCACGUAUGGAAUUCUGGACAAAUCUUGUCCCUUUGCUGGAGAAAUGUGAGACAUGCGUGGACCAGAACUGCACUGAAAACCAACACUCAUUGGCACAAUCCGUGAAAACUGAGAAAAUCUUUUAAUUUUAUAUACUUAGUAUUUAUCGGAAUGGUAAUUACAUACAUGUGAAUUUCUUAGUAUAUUGCUUCAAAUGAUGGCAUAUAUCCGGCCAGUCUUUUUUUAUUUUUCAGCUUUGGGGAUUUUAUGUUUAUAAAAUAACUCUGUCAUUAACAAAUCAUUACUUAAGGUGAAUUUAACUUGACAUAACUAGUGACAAAUGCACGUUAAGGUACGUUAUUUUUUUUUUAUAUAAAAACAAUACUUUCGA